AUGAAGCUCACUACUGUCUCCCUUCUUGCCCUCUCGGCUGCAGCUGUCAAUGCCCGAUUCGUAGAACAGCAUGAGACUGAUCAAGUCGUCAUCAACGCCAUAGAAGAUGAGCGCUUCCUGAUAGAGCUCUCCCCAGGGAAGACACAAUGGGUUACUGAGGAAGAGAAAUGGGAAUUGCGCAGAAAUGGCCAAAACUUCAUGGACAUAACCACAACCCAAGACCUAGGCUCCAACCUCAAAGCCAGCUCCAAGAAAACACCCACCUUCCCCUCCAAACCUACCCUGCAAAAGGACCUCUCCCCCCUUAUCAAGACCCUCUCCAAGAAGAACAUGCGAGCCAACCUCGAAACUUUCUCCGGCUUCCACACCCGUUACUAUAAAUCCGACUACGGCCGCCAAUCUUCCGAAUGGCUGCUGCAAAAAGUACAAAAGACAAUCUCGGAUUCAGGCGCAGAUAAACAUGGUGCCUCUGCAGUACAUUUCAAACAUCCCUGGGGUCAGAAUAGCAUCAUCGCUACCAUUCCCGGAAAGAGCAAUUCCACCGUCGUGGUUGGCGCUCAUCAGGAUAGCAUCAACCUCUUCCUUCCCUCCAUCUUCUCCGCGCCUGGCGCAGAUGACGAUGGAUCUGGAACCGUAACUAUCCUCGAAGCCCUGCGUGUACUCCUCACAUCUGAAGAUAUCAUCAAGGGGAAGGGAGAGAAUACCGUGGAGUUCCAUUGGUACUCUGCGGAAGAGGGUGGAUUGCUGGGCAGUCAGGCUAUUUUCACAGAGUACGAGAAGACGGGACGAGAUAUCAAGGCUAUGCUGCAGCAGGAUAUGACUGGUUUCGUGCAAGGGACUUUGGAUGCGGGAAAGAAGGAGUCGGUGGGAGUCAUUACUGAUUUUGUGGAUCCUGCUUUGACGGACUUUAUCAAGAAGAUUGUCACUGAGUACUGCGAAAUCCCAUACGUCGAGACGAAGUGUGGAUAUGCUUGCUCUGAUCACGCAUCAGCUUCCAAAGCAGGAUACCCAUCAGCUUUUGUCAUUGAAUCCGCUUUUGAUGACUCCGAUAAGCAUAUUCAUACUAGCGAUGACACGAUCAAGUAUUUGAGUUUCGAUCACAUGCUUCAGCAUGCUAGGUUGACUCUUGGACUGGUUUACGAAUUGGCUUUUGCGAAGUUGUAG